CUUACCACACUAGACUAGCAUUUAUACUGGGCCUGAGUGAUCUUUCAGAACAAAAAUGUAACAAACGAGCAUUUAAACACAAGCGCCUGCUUUAUGUUUUCACUAUGCGUGCGUCUGGAUCAGACUCAGCUAAUGUACAGUACGGUCACGUGACGGAUAACAAGCUAAGCCGUCAAUCGCAUGAAGAACCGCGAGACCAUAAGAGAAUUUCCCUGCUGCAACAAACACGAAAUUAUUAUCGGUUUCUCUCAUAUAGUUGGUUGAGAUGGACGUGUCUGGUCAUAGUCUGUUCCUCCUGCAGCAGCUGAACGUCCAAAGGGAGUUUGGCUUUCUGUGUGACUGCACUGUUGCCAUUGGCAAUGUAUACUUCAAGGCUCAUCGUGCAGUUCUUGCUGCCUUCUCAAACUACUUCAAAAUGAUCUUUAUCCACCAGUCCAGUGAGUGCAUCAAGAUCCAGCCCACAGAUAUUCAACCAGAUGUCUUCAGCUACCUAUUACACAUCAUGUACACUGGCAUGGGUCCCAAACAACCUGUAGACCAGGGCAGACUUCAGGAAGGCAUCAAGUUCCUCCAUGCAUACCAGCUCUGCCGUAAGACAGGCGAGAGUGGCCCAGAUGCGUCCUCUGACCCCAUCCGUAUGUCCAAUCUGUAUGGCAUCCAAAUCUCUUCGCAGCUGGCCAGUAAAGAGAACUCGGGCCUGAAGGCUGGUGGUUCACGGGACCCUGAGGACAGCUGCUCCAGCACUAGGGCUGAUCGCACACAUGGCCGUUUAGCUCUCACUGUAGGGCUGGAGGGCAUCGCAUCUGAGCGACAGCCUCAAAGCUUCCAUGCUGCAUCCUCUGUGGCCUCGGGGGAUGAAUCUGACAUUUCGGCACGGAUCAAACAGGAAAGGGUAGAGGAGGAAGAACAACAGGAAGCCGACAAAGAGCUUUGCUCUCUCUCCCCAGCCCAGGUGAGCCCCUGUCGAGCCAGUCUAUUCAAAGAUGGCCCUCUAGCGCUUUUGUGCCCCCGGUGUGGUGAACGAUGCAUGUCACCCGAAGGCCUACAAGAGCACCUUUUUACCCAUACAGCCUGUGCCCUCGAGCCUAGCGGCCUGAUGGAAGGCCCUUCAGAGGACAAAACCGGGGAGCACACGUCCCUGGAGGAGAGGCGGCUUCAUAAGGAGCGCAUAGACUCUGGUAGUCUGGAGGAGGCCCUACGGCAGAGCCAGGCCCUGGCAGAUGAGCUGGCUGUAGAACUCAGACGAGGCGGCGGGACCGGACGGAGCGGCAGCCCGUUGGCAGCCUUCACGCGAAAGCGCAAGAUGGCCUGUGCCGUCUGCAAUCUUCGUUUCUCGCAGAAGAGCCAGCUGCAGGAGCACAUGUUCUCCCAUGUGGGCAAGCCACUGCGAUACCAUCGCUACAGCCGCUUCUGCGGGCAGCUGCUCCAUGGCUGCGAGGGCCAGCCUGAUAUUACCGCAGCCACGGGAGAGGACGCAGCCAAAGACACUCAGGAUAAUGGCAGCUCCUGCUACUCACUGGACUCUGAGGUCUCUCAGGAGAGCGUGGACGCAGUGACUGUGGAAUGACUUCGUGUUUGACAUAUUCAUGUGAACACACAAUGUAAGGUAAAGGAGCCUUCUGGGUUCAGUACGUUAAGCUUAAUUGACAGCAUUUGUGGCAUAAUUUCGAUGACCACAAAGAUACAUUUCCACCUGUCUCUCCUUUACUCAAAAACUAAAGAGCAAAAAUCUGGGUUAGACUGAGACACUUUGGAAGUGAAUGGGGUAAAUCCCUAAAAUGUUUAAAUAAGCACUGUUUUAAUAGUACAGCCACAAGACGUAAAAAAUUGUGUAUUACCACAAUCUUAGUCUGAAAAUAAACCCCCUUACUAUCCUUUUCUAAGUUUCCUAAGUUAUACUACUACAGGCGCACGUUGACGAGCACUUGUGUGGGGUUAAGAAAUACCUGCAACCCAAAUUUAAAAAAAAAAUAAAAAUAUUGAUCAUAACUUCUGGAAAGAUAUAGCGCAGAAACUGGAAGGAUAACAUUUUCUAGUAUCCUUAGAAAGUGUAUAUACACUCUAGUCAAGUGAAAAAAAAAGUAUUUAAAAUACAUUUAUUUCACACUUACAGUAGUACAAACCAUUAACAUAUUUACUGGCAGAUCACUUGAUACUUGCUGAUAUAAAUAUUAUAAUUACAUUUUAUUUGGAGUACUUCUUUAUUGCACAAUGCACUCUUAAUACUAAGCCGAAAUUGUGUUUUAAUAACACUAUUAGUAAGAAUAGUAUGAUCUCUGUAUAAUGUCAGUCUUUAAAUGCAAGAUAUUUAAAGUGUACUUAAAGUAUACUUGCAAUAGUUCCACUUUAGCACAAUCAAAUAUAGAAUAUCUGUUUCCAGAUGAACUGAAGUGUAUUAAGUAAAAUUAGUGGUUGAAAUUUAGCAGACCAUAAGUAUAUCAAUUUAGUAGACCAACAGUACAAUUGCAGGGCAUAUUAAGUACAUAAAUAUGUAGUUAUUUAAAACUUUCUAACAACUUUUAAGUUUCAUUCCAAGUGCCUUACCAUAAUGUUGAUUUUUGCUUUUUUAAGCAUUGACAAGUCGAAAUUAUGUCUUGUGCAAAAUGCCAUAAAUGCUGUUGAUUGAGUUGAACUUUAUUGAACACAGAAUAUUCCUUGAUUGAAUUUUGUUUUCUGACUCAGCACUUCUGUCCUGUCCCGUCCCAAAAGUCUCUGUCAGUGUUAAAACAUAAAAAUAAUUUUGUUUAAAACUUAGUGUUGAUGAUAGUAGUGUUGAUAUAUAAUGACGUUGCUGACUCUUGGAUGACUGAACACUGUUGGAUCAAUUACAUAUUCAAAGAAAGUAUGAAAUCAACAAGCACAUGCGCAGGAAACUCAAAUAGCAUUGUAAAGUGGCACAUUUGACAAACGACCGUAAUCUUAUUAGGUUUUAGAGGCCAGUUUAAGCUAAUAAAAUAUGUUAUUAUUUCUUGUUUAUUUUUGGGUUGUGGCCUAAUGAGUGAAACUGACUGUGCAAAGAGACUAAAUGAUUUCUUCCCUAAAUCGAAUUUCCUACAAAACGGGUUCAGUGCCUUACAAUAUAUUUUGCCAAACAUCUCUGUAAAGAAAAGCACUUAAACUAUUGCUCAGCCUGUUGAACCAAAUCCAGUUGUUUUUCAUUUUCAAGUUAACAGUGAACAGUGCCUAUUUGUGCAAAGUUGUCCAAGACUUCUACACAAUCAGAAUAAUCUAUCAAAUGAAUGUGAGCAACUGGUGCUUUUCUAAAAGCUUUUUGAUGUUGAAGGAUUUUCAUGAUUAUAUUGUGUAUGAACCAGCAAGUAUAAUCCAAGUUUGCUAACAAUUUUAGUACAUAAACUGGGGCAGUGCGUAACUAAGAUGGGACAAUGCCACUGGAAAUGUCUAACGUAACAAUUCUGGACAAAAACACCAACGGCACAUAGUUUCCAGUCAUGUUUCAAACACUGAGACAAGACAAAACGUUUUAUUUAGAAUGAUUGAUCAACUUUAAGACAUCACUGAUGGUAUACAUGGUUUCUUUGUGCUGUAUUUGAACUGUCAAAUCAUCAUUUUUGCAGUUAUAUUAAUUGAAUACCCAAAUUAAGGCUGGCGUACUGUGAUGAGUAUUUUAAAUCAGCAAAACUUGCGUUUGUGUUAUUUGUGUGACUUGUAGUGCAUUUAAACAGUCCCAUUUAGUUUUAUUUCAUCAUCAUCAGCACUCAUCAGUGCCAUUGUGUGAUAAUGUGUUUGGUUAUUUAUUAUUUUUUUAAAUAAAUGGCACAUUGAAUACUGUGAUUUAUAAUG